UUGACGUCUGGAGAUAUUUUGUCUUCAAAAUUAUCGAAAUUACGUGUUUUUUUUUUAAAUAAUAGGACAUAAAUAAUUAGUCAUAUAGUACAUUUUUAGUGAGUGUAUUUCAGUGAUUAAUGUUUAAAUAUUAUCCGUAACUAAAAUAAUAUUACAACCGAUCUAAAUCUGUGGUCCUUGAUUAUAAGUAUUUCGUAGGUGUCUUUUGCAUGUGCAGUUCAUAUGGCGUCAUUAUCACUACCACGAGUAUUACAAUUGAAGAAGAACAGCUUGGAUGCUGAGCGUGAGCAGUUUGAAAAGUUUCAGCCUGGUACAGCACUUACUAAUGCAUGCUGAGUUCGUGUUGCACUAACACCUUGCUAUGGCCAAUCCUACAGAAAAACGCUUCCACCAGCUGACUCUAGCCAUCCAGAAGGCCAUAAAUUCGAUCGAAACCCCAGUAAAAGAGAAACAUGUACGAAGCACGAUCAUCGGUACAUUUCAAGAGCAGAGUGCGGUCACCUACUGGAUGGUGGCGAUCCGGCUACCGCUGCAGGACAACAGGAUCGUCUCGUGGAAGUUCUGCCACGUGACGCACAAACUGCUCCGCGAAGGUCACCCGGCAUGUCUUGAUGACUCGCAGCGCCAUAUUGGAAUGAUCGAAAAUCUUGGCAAACUGUGGGUUCAUCUCCGUGAAGGCUAUGGAAGAUUAAUACACUUAUAUAGUAACCUAUUGGUAACCAAGUUGAAGUUCCACGCCCGCAAUCCACGUUUCCCCGGCAAUAUGCUGUUGACAGCUGAAGAAUUGGAUGCCAUCGCUGAGAACGACGUGAACAAUUAUUUCCAACUAUGCGUCGAGCUGUUCGAUUAUAUGGAAGACAUACUCACUCUGCAAGCUGCAGUGUUCGACAGCCUGGGCAACGCGCGCGCGAACUCGAUGACGGCGAGCGGGCAGUGCCGCCUGGCCGCGCUCAUCCCGUGCGCGCAGGACUCGUCGCACAUCUACGACUGCAACGUGCGCCUGCUGUUCCGCCUGCACGCCGCGCUGCCGCCCGACGUGCUCGCCGGCCACCGCGAGAGAUUUCGACAGCAAUUCAAAAAAUUAAGUUCCUUCUACAAGCACGCGAGCAGUCUACAGUACUAUCGGAACUUAUUAACGCUGCCAGUGUUGCCGUCGAAUCCGCCGAACUUUUUGCUUCAGAGCGACUUCGGUACAUACGUAACCCCUGUGGUGUCUAUACCAGAACAGCCUCCGGACGAAGUGGACGCCGUGGGAUCCCUUAUCGACACAUCCGAUAAUUUUAGCCAGAGGGCGAGCCCCGAGCAGGAGGCGCGCGCGUCGCCCGCCGACCCGCUCGUGGAGCGCGACCGCCUCAUCGAGCACCUGCAGAACGAGCUCAAGAGGAUGAGGUUAGAAGUGUCGCAGAUAAUACAAGAGAGGAACACGAUGCUGGGGUCAAUGAGAGAGCAUUGCGCAAGAAUGGAGUCUCAACUGCGUGCGACCAGAAACGAGCUUGAAGAAGAAAAACAGAAAAUGGAUAUUUUGUCAGUCGAAACGCCGGAAAUUAAAAAAAAAUUAACACAGACUGAAGAAAAGGCGAAGAUAUUAGAUGAGAAAUUUCAGAAGUUAAAGGGUGCUUAUACGCAGUUACGUGAAGAACACAUCACAUUGAUUAGACAGAAAGCAGAAGUCGACAAAAACGCAUCAAGCUUAAGAGCAGCCGCCGCGCAACAUGAAAGUGCAAAGACAAUGUUGCAACAACAGCUGAAUGAUCGAAUAAAAGAUGUUGAACUACUACAGCAGAGUGCUUCAUCGAGCGAAGAAAUUGAAGCUUACAAAUCAGAACUGACGAAUCUUAGGAGCGAACUCGAACAAGCUCGGCAGAAAGAAGUAGAACUAGAAACGUUGAGAGCAUCAAUGGAAGCUUUGGAGAUUGAACAUAAGACCGCCACCACCGAGCUCGAAGUGAAACUCACGGCCGUGACUAACGAAUUGAAAGAUGUUACGGAAAACAAUGAAAAAAUAAAACAAGAAAUAAGCGAAAAAGACAUCGAGUACAGUAAAGUUAGAGAAGAACUAAUAUGUCUCAGACAAAAGAGUGGGGAUGAAUACAAGAAAGCAGUCGAGGAUAGGGAAGACGCAUUGAAACAGCUUUCUGAACUAAAACAGCAGUAUGAACAUGAAAAGCAGGAGCAAAUUAAUUAUACUAACAAUUUACAAGCCGAUUUAGAAACAUUUCAAAUGAAACUUACUGAAACACAAAGUAAUUUCGAGCGGCAAUGUAGCAAAUUAGAUGAAGAGUUGUCGGAAAAAAAUCAAGAAUUUGAUAAUAUUUUAAAGGAAAAAGAGAUUGAAAUUGAAGAAGCUGUUAAAAAAAUUACAUUAUUACAAAAUAAUCUUGAUAGUAUCAAAAGUAAUAACGAAGAAGUGAUCAGUAACCAAAGAAAUGAGAUUGAUGGCCUUAAAACAACGAUUAGCGAAAUGAUGCAAAAUAAAGAAAUAUCCAAAAAGCUCAUUGCAGACUUGGAGAACAAAAUUACGGCUUUAAAUAAUCAGCUGGAAGAAGAAAACAGUGAAAAAUUAAAAUUAACAAAUGCUCUUACUGAGCGAAGCGCAGAGGUUUCAGAUUUAGAAAACAAAAUUAAAUCUUUAUUAGAAACUCUGAGUAAUAAAGAUACUUUGUUAAAAGAACUCGAAGAUUUAAAAGACGAUGAGUUAAAAGAACAACACACAAGAGUUGAAAAUCUAGAACAAUCUAUUCAAUCAAAGGAUAAUUUAAUAGAAGAAAUUACAUUAAAAUAUCAAGAUCUGUCUUCGAAAUUUGAGCAACAAACCAUAGAAAUAGAUACUAUUAGAAAUGAUUAUGCGAAUGAAAAGGAUUCUUUGGAAAAUAAACUUGAAGAAUUGACACUUGAAAAUGACAAAACAGUUGCUGAACGAGAUAUUUUAAUUACUGAAAAACAGGAUCUUGAAACUAUAGUAAUGGGGUUAAAGGAUAUACAAUUAAAAUCACACGAUCAGAUUGAACAAGCGUUAAAAGCAAACAUUGAAUUGGAAGCUACAUUCAAACAAGAGAUAGAAAAUAUAAAAUCACAGUAUGAACGUACGAAUUUCGAAAAAGACAACGAAAUAAAAAUAUUGUCUGAGACGUUAGAACGCAAGGAAGAUGAUUUUAAAAAGAUAAACAUUUCACAAACGGAAGAAAUAAAUAAGUAUAAAACACAAAUAGAAGAAUUUGAAGAAUUAAGAAUGAAAGAAAGAGAGGAAUAUACUCGUACGAUAUCUGAUAGAGAAACAGAAGUUCAGUUGAUUGAAGCUAGAUUAGAGCAUGCUGAAAGUGAACGAUUGAACGCCGAGUGUGAAUUACAGGACUUGUUGCAACAAAACACAAUCCUCGAAGCAGAUAUGGGCUCGCUCAAAAUACAACUGGAAGAAGCUCAUCAGGCCGUCAAGAAACAGACGUGUCGAUUGGUCUCCUGUGCCGGUGAAACCGCUUUAGAGGUGAUAAAUGAAGCACAGUCUGCUUUCGAAAAUUCGAAUGCUCAAGAUGCCAAUAACCUAGCCGCGGAGUUAGCUAUUAAGGCAUUGGAGGAACUCGCCAAAAACACGCGGGUUGAAGGCAAAGAAGAAGACGUAGCUAAAUCUGCAAUUUUCGCGGCUCACAAUGCGGCAAAGCUUUCCGCUUACAUCGCAGAUCUAUCCAACAUUACCACAGACAUAGAGCUGGCAGAUAAACUGAACACGGAGUGCCGCAACAUGUUGACGUCGACGAAGCAGUGCCUGGAGUCGCUGCCGGGCGGCGGCGUGGAGGCGGCGAGCGCGCAGGCGCGCGGCGCCGUGGCGGGCGCGCUGCGGGCCGCGCUCGGCGCCGACCGGCCCGCCGCGCGCGCCGUGGACGACGAGCUGGCGCUCAUGGACCGCGCCAUCGAGGCCGCCGCCGCGCAGAUCGAGAAAAUGUUAGCAGCUAGUCGAGCCGCCGAUACGGGCAUUAAACUAGAGGUAAACGAGAAGAUCCUGGACGCUUGCACUACGCUGAUGGCCGCAGUCAAGAUCCUCGUCCAGGAUAGCAGGAAGCUGCAGAACGAACUGGGCGAUCCGAAGACUCGCCAGAAAAUGUACAGACGAAAUCCGCAGUGGUCGGAAGGUCUGAUUUCUGCUUCGAAAGCGGUCGUGUUCGCUGCCAAGCUGUUGGUAACGUCGGCGGACGAGGCGGUGGGCGCGGCGGGGCGCGUGGAGGGCGUGUCGGCGGCGGCGCACGAGGUGGCCGCCAGCACGGCGCAGCUCGUGGCCGCGUCGCGCGCCAAGGCGCCGCCCGCCGCGCCCGCGCUCGCCAGCCUCACCGCCGCCUCGCGCGCCGUGGCCGCCGCCGCCGGCGCCGUCGUCGCCUGCGUGCGUGGCGCCUCCGCCCUCGUGCGCGACCAGGAGGCGCUAGACACGUCGGCGCUGUCGCUGACGGCCACGCGGCGGCUGGAGAUGGAGAGCAAGGUGCGCGCGCUGGAGCUGGAGAGCGCGCUGGACGCGGAGCGCGCCAAACUCGCCGCGCUGCGCAAGCGACACUACCACCUCGCGCAGCUGCACGAGAAUGGGAAAGUGACAAAUGGAGAAGAAUGAACGUACCAUGAAAAAAUACAAAACUUACUUGUAACCGACAUGACAAAAAUUAAACAUUUACAAAAGCACUAAUUUUAAAAAAACAUUCUUAAAUGCAUUUAAAUUUACAACGAUUUAUUCACCAAAACUAUAGUUCACAAUAAUUAAAAUCAAGCUACUCACAACAUCACACUAUAUUUUAUUAUAAACAAAAAGAGUGAAUGUCUUCCUGUUGUAGAAGGCUCAAUUUAACUUAGAAAAGGGUACUAAAUGAAAAAAUUUAUAUUAAAAGCACUUUCGAAAACUUUACAAUUAAAUCAUCCUUAUUACACAUUUUAGAUAUUCUAUUUUAAUUUUUAAUUAUACCAUUCCAAAUGAAAUCAAUGCUAUUUAUUUAUUUUUCAAGAAAGGAAAGAUGUGUGGAAUAAUAGAUUUUGAAUGUUAAAAGUCUUUUAAUACUACUUUUAUAGAACUUCGAUGUGCAGGCUUAGAACAAACUAAACGAAAUAUUAAGUUAAUAAAAUAGUUCAUGUAUGACAUAUUCAUGACAUAAUAGUUUUUGAUUAAGUAAUAAUUUACUAACAAGACAAAAAUGUUGACAAUGAAUUUAAAAACAAACCACAAAAUAUUGAAUCAAAUGUCACCUAUUUGUGUACCUAUAUAUAAAUACAAGUUUGUUCUUGCCUUGUCUCCAGAUUAAGCUUUAAGAAUGAGACUUAGUCGUAGGAUAUGUGAAAAUUACUUUUCUACGUACGUAUGUAUGAUAAAAUUCUAUCUUACUUGCUAUGUAUAAAUAAUUGUUUUUAUCAGUGAUUUUUCGUUAUUAAUACAAAGUAAUUGUAAUAACCAAGAAACUUGUUUAAUCCUAUAAACGUGACUAAUAAUGUAUUAUGUAUAUCAACUUUUGUAUUUGUAAUGAUAAUGGUGAUUUGACAUUAAAGGAAUUAUCAUAGUUCUUAAGUGUUUUAAAAUAUUUAUAUUAUACAUAUUGUGUUUACUAAUAAAAUGUCUACAAAUU